CGUGCAUUGAGGCUCUGUGAGUGUAACUGCAGCUCUUCGUCUCAUCCGGAAGCUUUCCUGCGCACUCGCGCGCACUCCUGCGCUGACAACCGAGCAAGGAUCGAAAGAGGAGAUGGAUAGAGUUCUAACACUUGCCAUUGCGUGGAGUAUCUUGUGCGGUGCAUCUGUUUGGGGAAAAUAUGUCAAGGGUGUCGUGAACACCAAGGAGGAUUGGGUGUUUUUGACAAGGUUUUGUUUCCUUACUGAUUUUGGCAGAUUGGACUUCAAGUUUCGCUACCCAAAGUCACACUGUUGUCAGAACAUAUUGCUCUACUUUGAUGAAAGCUCGCAGUGGCCAGCUGUAUACAAGAGGCCAGACAAGGACUGCUAUCAGAAAGAGGCAGUUCUGAGGCCUGAAAACAACCAAGUCAUAAACCUGACCACUCGCUAUACCUGGUCUGGAUGUGUGGUUGAAGAAGAGAAUGGUGAGGAAAUUCUCAGCUGUGUCGGAGGGCGAAGCUUUCGUUCCGUCAGAGAGAGAUGGUGGUACAUUGUGCUCAGCAAGUGCGGGGGUGGAGGGUUACAGCUGGAGUAUGAGAUGAAGCUAACGAAUGGGCAGUCUUUUUGGAAACGGCAUUUUUCGGCAGAUGAGUUUGGAAUUUUGGAAACAGACAUCACCUUCCUGGUCAUAUUUGCCAGUGUAUUUUCUCUCUCCUGCUAUUUUGCAUAUAAACUGAAGGGAAGACAGUUACUCCAUACCACAUAUAAGAUGUUUAUGACUGCAGCUGGAAUAGAGGUUUUCAGUUUGCUUUUUUUUUGUAUCUACUGGGGCCUGUAUGCCAGAGACGGAGUGGGAAAUGGGUGUCUGAAGAUACUCGGGAAAUUACUCUUCUCUGUUAGUUUCCUUAUCUUCCUCCUGAUGCUGAUUCUCUUGGGGAAAGGCUUCACAGUCACAAGAGGAAGAAUAAGUCACAGUGGCUCUAUCAAGCUAUCUAUCUACAUGACCAUCUAUACAAUUACCUACAUCAUCCUCUUCAUAUAUGAAGCUGAGUUCUUUGACCCAGGUGAAGUACUAUAUGCUUAUGACAGUCCUGCUGGAUAUGGGCUGAUGAGCCUUCAGCUGCUGGCAUAUGUGUGGUUCUGUUAUGCGGUACUGGUGUCUCUGAAGCACUACCCAGAGAAGCAGCCGUUCUACAUCCCAUUCUUUGCCGCAUACACUCUCUGGUUUUUUGCUGUACCCGUCAUUGCACUUAUUGCUAACUUUGGCAUUUCUCGAUGGGCUCGGGAGAAGAUUGUCAAUGGUAUUCAGCUCGGCAUCCACCUCUAUGCCCACACCGUCUUUUUAGUCAUCACGCGUCCAUCAGCAGCUAAUAGGAAUUUCCCCUAUCAUGUGCGGACAUCUCAGAUUGGAAUUCUACUGUCGAGCCCUAAAGAGAUGGGAGCAGAGAGCUUCCCUCAUCACGCCUAUGGGAACAGCUCGUUUUUGGGCGAUUCUCAGCCUAACUUUACUGAACUCUUCUCCAUCCAGUCAGUCUCAGUAAAGAAUAUAAAUGAGGCCACGGGAUGGAGGGGACAAGAAAUGGCUCUGAACACUGAGCAAAAGAUCAUCACCACAUCGUCCCCGGUUGACUUUACAACAUUUAGUUCUGCUAUGCCACCAAGCAGCUCGGCUCUGUCGCCUCCUCCAAGGCUAAGCGCUCAUUUUACUGAAUAUUUCAGCAUGCAGGGCAGAACAGUCUCUUAAGCAUAGUGAAGCAGAUUUAGGUCUUUUGGUUCGACCAGGUCAGCUUUUCAAAGACAGAGUAUUACAUUUGACUCUCCAGAAUGAAGAAGUGCAGCAGGAUUUGCAGCAGGAGAACAUUAAGAGGAGAUAUGAAGUGCUAAAUAAAAAGCAAUAAAUAUUUCAGCCUGAUAAAGGUGACUAUUGAGAGGACAUUUAUGGUUGUACAUAGCACAGUAUAUAACAUAUGUAAGAUAUUCAGUAUGCAGAGUUUUAAGGUACUUAAAGAUAUUUUAUGUGUAAAUGUAUAGAAGUGUAAGAUUUUUUUUUUAAGUGUAAAAAGGCUCUUUUUUUUGUUAACACAUCUUUUAAAAAGUGGUACUCUUAAUAUUUGUAUUGACACGUCUUUUCGGUUUUUUUUUUGUUUGUUUCUUUUUUGGAACUGAAGCAGCGUAUUCGAAACCAAUGGCAACAAUUCAUUAAAUAAUCAUUUGCCUUA